UUUCAAGCGUUAACCACAAGCACUAAUUAUAAGUCUCUCAUUUCCCUAGCAACAUCUUCUUAGUAUAUAAACAUUUUCCUUUUUAAGUAUAAAUUUGCAAUUAAUUGCCAUGAUGCUUCCAAUAACCAAAGUUCAUUUUUUCUUUCUCUUUUGCCUUAUUGGCACAACUUCAGCUCAAUUGUCAUCUAAUUUUUACCUCAAAACGUGUCCUCUUGUGCUUGCAACCAUUAAAAGUGAAGUAACUCUUGCUGUGAACAACGAACGUCGCAUGGGGGCUUCUCUACUCCGACUUCAUUUCCAUGAUUGCUUUGUUCAAGGAUGUGAUGCAUCAGUACUAUUGGACGAUACAUCAAGUUUCACAGGUGAAAAAUCAGCUGGUCCAAAUGCUAAUUCCUUAAGAGGUUUUGAUGUAAUUGACACUAUAAAGUCUAAAGUUGAGAAGUUAUGUCCUAAUACUGUCUCUUGUGCUGAUAUUCUCUCUGUGGCAGCCAGAGACUCUGUUGUUGCUCUCGGCGGACCGAGUUGGAGUGUUCAAUUGGGGAGAAGAGACUCAACCACAGCAAGUUUAAGUAUAGCUAACUCAGACUUGCCAGGUCCCUCAUCUGACUUAAGUGACCUUAAAACAGCUUUUUCUAACAAAGGUUUCACACUUGAAGAGUUGGUUGCUCUUUCAGGAUCACACACAAUUGGUGAAGGUAGCUGUAGAUUCUUCAGAGCAAGGAUUUACAAUGAAAAAAACAUAGAUCCAACCUUUGCAACAUUAUUGCAAGGAAAUUGUCCUAGCACAGGUGGUGAUAGCAAUUUGUCUCCACUUGAUACAACUACUCCAAACACAUUUGACAAUGCUUACUAUAGGAACUUGCAAAAGCUAAAGGGUCUGUUUCACUCAGAUCAACAACUUUUCAAUAAUGGAUCCACAGAUACUCAAGUGAAUUCCUAUGUUAACAACCCAGCAAGUUUCAGAGCUGAUUUUGCCAAUGCAAUGGUCAAAAUGGGAAGACUUAGCCCACUUACUGGCUCUAGUGGUCAGAUUAGAACCAAAUGUGGGAGCACCAACUAAUGUUUUGGGCCUUCUUCUAUUGUAUAAGGUUAUGGGCUUUUCAAUAUCAAUAUUUGUUCAACAAAAAACAAAUCAAUAUUAAUAAAAGUUAAAUAUUUUUGUUUUU